CCUUGUCCCAAUCGCCGCCGCCGCCUUCUCCCUCCCAGAUCCAAUCCAAGUCAGAGCCCUCGGCCUCCAUCUCCAUUCCUGCGCGCGUCGGCCACCUCCCUCCGGUGGAGCUCCACCCUCUCCCGCGAGGGUGUCUGCUGCCCGCGCACGCACAACCUCCGUCCCCUGUUGCCCACCGCGGCGGCGCCCCUCCCUCCCUCCUCGAUCCAAACCGUCUCGCUCCCACCCAAGCCAGCCAACCCUACCGCGCCCGCGCCUGCCAACCACGCGUCCCACGCCCAUCCGCCCCCCUCUGUCCACCCCUUUCCCCCUCCCUCCGAUCCGCCAUGCCUCCCCUCGCCAGCUCCCUCCUCCUCUCCCGCUCCGCCGUGGGGCCCGACCACGCGCGGGCCACCGCCGCCACCGCGGCCGCGAUCUCCAGGCCCGCUGCGGCCGCUGCGGAGCUACCCCCUCUGCACCCGCGCCCUCCCCCGCCCCGUCCCCACUCCUCGUCGCCCGCGGCGGCCAGGGCCCGCACGGGGCCUUCACGUCGGGCUUCGCAGGCUGCCUCUUCGGCGGCCGCCGCGCCACCGCCCGCUCCUCGUCCUCCGCCGCCGCCGUCUUCGAGCGCCGAUUCGCCUCCGCCGGGACGAAGAACUCGUAUGAUGAAGUCCUCACGAGCCUCGCCAAGCCGGGAGGGGGAGCCGACUUCGGCAAGUACUACAGCCUGCCUGCGCUCGCCGAUCCGUGGAUUGAGUUGUGGUGAAGAAGAGCAAGGCCAAGAAAGACUCCAACAAGCCCAAGCGCCCCCUGAGCGCCGUCUUAGUCCUCAUAUGGAGAGCGUGCUCAAGGAUGAUGCCAUCCAGGAUAAGGGCGAGCGCGCCAGGAUGGAGAGCAAGGACAAAUUUGAAGUGCAAAUCCAUGAAGCCAAGUGCAAAGCUGUGAUGCAUUGUGAUACUGUAGAGAUUGUGACAUUGGAACGGAUUUACUGUUAUUUGUAUUGACUUGCCAGAGAUUUGUUUAUUCCGCUUGACUGUAAUAGAUUGUGACAUCGGAACAGAUUUAUUGUUAGUUGAAAAAUUAUGUUUGUUUUGUUUUGUCUGAAA